AAUAUUUGUUCUACUAACAGCGCGUCCGCGUUAAAACAGAGACCGGCCCGCGCAAACAAUGGCAGCACGGUAUCAGAUCGAUGUUUUUUCCUCUAACGAAAACGUUGAAUCAGUGCAAGCGGUGCAUUUGCAGAGAACGCUCUCGUUGCGCUUUACUCCAGUGCUGUGAGAUCGCCGGAUCGCGCGAGGCGUUCGUUUUUGUGAGGAUUUUGAUUUAAUUCCAUCGAGAUGGACUCCGACGCCAAGGAGAGAAAAUACAUAACGCCGAGGGGCUCGAGGACGUGGGAGUAUCUGAUCAUGUUUAAUUGUUCAAUUAUGAGCUUAUGCGUCGGAGCGAUCAUAGGCUGGGACUCGCCGAGCAUUAUACAGUUGAUGGCAUCGGACUCGCCGAUCUCGGUUACCGUUUCCAACGUUUCCACCCUGGUGUCCAUGGUCCCCGUCGGUCACAUCCUGGGGCCGAUAAUCAACCAGCUCAUAGUCGACAGGAUAGGUCGAAAAAAGGCUAUUCUGUUCAGCGGGAUAUCAUCGGUAAUCUGUUGGGGCUUGAUCGUGAUCGCCACGAAUAUCUGGGUUCUCUACGUAGCCAGGUUCAUGGGCGGCCUAUGCUUAGGCCAAUUCAUGUGCGUAUUGACGAUGUACAUAGGAGAAAUUGCGUCGCCGAGCACGCGGGGCGCCGGAGGGGCCGCGAGCACGAUCAUGUUCAAUCUCGGCAUUCUCGUGAUGUUCAUCGUCGCGCCGUACCUGUCGAUAUCCACAACGGCGACCAUCUGGCUGGCCGUGUCCGCCGGCUUCACGAUCGCUUUCUGCUUCAUGCCGGAGUCGCCGUACUACCUGGCCAUGACGGGCAAAACGGACAAGGCGGAGAUGGCAAUGGAAAAGCUGCGCGGUAAGAUGGACGUCUCGGAAGAAUUGCAGGUGAUCGCCGAGUCGAUGUCCGACGAGAAGCAGCAGCGGAAGACCGGCGGUAUAAGGAAGUUGUUAACCGCGCGCGCCAGUCGCCGUGCUUUUAUCAUCAUCAAUCUCAUCACGAUCACCCAUCACGUCGGCGGGUUUUUCGUGCUGAUCGCGUACGGUCAACUCCUCUUCAAAUCCGCUCAGCUCCAGAUGAUUUCCAAUCACACGGCGAAUAUCAUGAUCGGCGUGGUGCAGGUGGUCUCCGCGACCAUCACCAUCUUCCUGGUCGACAAGCUGGGUCGCAAACCGCUGAUACUCUUCUCCGGCUUGAUUGCCGCCGCGUCGAAUCUCGCGAUCGGCGUCUUCUUCUACGCGAAGGACUAUCUGAACGCGGACGUGUCCGCGUACACGACGGCGUUGCUAAUCGCGGCGAUGCUGCUGGUGUUCGCCUUCAACUGCGGUCUGCUCCCUAUGCAGAUGAUCAUGAUGUCGGAGAUGUUCGCCACCGAGGUCAAAGCUCUCGCCACGUGCCUCCUGGCUACCACCAGCGGCUGCUUCGGCGUGAUAGCGACGAAGACUUACAUUCUCGUAGUCGACACGUGGAACUACGGCCACUCGGUGCCUUACCUAGCAUUCUUCGUGAUCGUGACGGUAUGCACCGUUCUGAUUCUUCGCCUCUCGCCCGAGACGAAAGGCAAGACUUUUGUGCAAAUACAAAAGGAGCUGAACGAUUGAAGCGAUCGAAGGGACGAAGAAUCGGCGCUUCCGAUUCGACCCCGGUGCCAUACCGGGAGGAGGGAUCCUCUAUUGGAUACCGAAAGAGCAUAUUGCCUCUCGUAAAUUGUGCGUCUUAAAGAAAGAUAAUUUCGUACCAUAAGAAAUCUCUCACCGAAAAUCUCUAUCGGGCCGCUCUUCGACGUUCGCUCUUAACGGAGGAUCGACAGGAAGGAGGAAAUUGAAAAUCACGAGCGAAAAGUCGAAGGAGAUGAUCUUUCAAGAUGCACGAGCGAACGAAUUUUUGGGCAACCGCGUUGAGAUUGCCCGUGACGUUGAUGCCCAUGAUAGAAGUGAUAGUUUAUGCGGCAAGCUCGAGACUCGCCGGAAGUAUAGACUGCACCGUAUCGAUUCGCCGAUGCCACGAUGACUGCCCGGGUCGUUUAUAUCUUGCAAGAGAAAUAAUAUAUGUGCAGAUAUAAAAACGAUCGACAUCGAAUAGCCCGAAAAAGAAAUAAUCAAAAUACAUUUACAUCGCGUAAUUGUUCGAAACUAGUCUAAAAUCAUAAUAUUUCAUAUUUCAAAGAAAGUCCAAUUUUACAACAAAAUGUCUCUCGUAUCAUGUUACAUUUUUGACAAAUCGUCAGGUCAAAAAAUAUCGCCAGAAAUCGAGUAUUUGUAAAAAAGACAUACCUAAAUGUGGUGAAGUAUUAAAAAUUAAAAAUUAAAAGCCAACGCAUUGGGAGCGAUAAGAUUGAAUGCCGGAUUUAUCCGUAUCACUAUGUGGAUGACGAUUAAAUUUUACGUGAGUGAUAUUGAAGUAGGAAUGACCGAUACGAUGUAAACAUGUUUUAAACCAAUCUAGUUAAAAAUGUAAUAAAUUAGAUUGCCCCAUCA